UGGGUGAGUGGGCGGCGGGGAAGCGGGGGUUCGGGCGGAGCGAAGGGUUGACGCGUUGGACGCAUGCGUGGAGAGGGACUACACGUGUACUCAAUGUUAUGGUUCGCCAAUGAGUUGUCAUUCAAACGGAAAAAGUCAUGAAAUACUGUCUUCUCGUUCCCGAAGUCCUCCUCAUUGUCGUCGUCCUGUCGCUGGUUUUCGGUCUCGCGAUUCCCGACAAAGACGACCACAAGACGCGUCCGAAGACAGUGGACUCGGAUGACAGUCAUUACGGCGGCGGAGAGCGCGUCCAUAACGCCGAUUACGAUCACAAGGCGUUUCUCGGCGAAGACGCCGAAGAGUUCGAUCAGUUGUCGCCCGAAGAGAGCAAAGAACGGUUGUCCAAAAUGGUGGACAGAAUCGACAAGAAUGGCGACGGAUUCGUGACCGCCGAAGAGCUCAAGGAUUGGAUCCACAUCUCGCAGAAGAAGUAUAUCGUAGACGACGUCGAGCGCCAGUGGAAGACACAGACGGCGGACGACGAGUCGGUGACUGCGCUCUCGUGGGACGACUACAAGAAGCGGACGUUCGGCUUCUUGGAUGAGUUGGCGGACAACACGGUCUCGACGGACGACUCCAACACUUACCGCGAAAUGCUUAAACGAGACGAGAGGCGCUGGAAUCUGGCCGACCGUAACCAAGACAACGCUCUGAACAAAGAGGAAUUCAUGGACUUUCUUCACCCCGAAGAGGCGCAACACAUGCGCGAUGUUGUGGUCGACGAGACCCUCGAAGACAUCGACAAAAACGGCGACGGAAUGGUUUCGGUCGACGAAUACAUCAGCGAUAUGUACGCUCCGGACGCCACCGGAGAUCAAGUGCCCGAUUGGGUCAUCAGAGAGAAGGAUCAAUUCCGAGAGAUCCGCGAUAAGAACAAAGACGGCUUUAUGGACAGAGACGAGAUCCGCGAGUGGAUUAUUCCUCCGGAUUACGACCACUCGGAAGCCGAGGCCAAACACCUGAUUCGCGAGGCGGACACCAAUCAGGACUCAAAGUUAACGAAAGCGGAAAUACUGGACAGUUAUGACGUGUUUGUCGGCAGUCAGGCCACGGAUUUCGGGGACGCGCUUCUGCGACACGAAGAGUUCUGAACGAUCGGACAUUCAGUACUUGUUUUUAUAGGUUUUUCAAGAAAUCCAAACUUCGGUCACAAAACUGUUUGGAAACGAAUUCCUGUUUUCUAUUUAUUUACACAAAGUUUUGCUAUAAUUAGUGAUAAUUUAUAUAACAAAGGCUUCUAUUUUCAACGAAUCAGUGCAACAAAUCUGUGGCAAUAAAUCCUUUUCGUCGAGAUCUGACUUUUAGACCAAAUUUCGGAACAAAUCUUAAAUUUCUAGUCAAAGACUUUUUAUCCAAAUUCUUGCUACCGUUAACUCUGUAUUAAAAAAGUGCCAAAAAUAUGCAAAACAUAUUCAAAGGCUUUCCUUUCCAUGACAU